GCGGGUGAUAUAAAUAGCGGGUAUAAAUUAAUAGAAAGUUUGGGAUGGCUACUACUGCUCUAAUUUAUAACUAUUAUCAGGUUAAUAGUAAUCGACGGUUAGUCACUUAAACAACACAGACUGCCAUGACAUAGCGCUCAAGGCAAAGCAAGUGAAAGGAAGAAAUCGGUGCCUGUUUUACCAGGUACGUACUAGUUGUCAGUUUUACAUUUCAUUCAUGUGUAUGCACACGUACGCUACUAUUGUGCCCAUCGCGGUGGUCUGCUAUUAUUGUACAGAUAUCAUACUAUAAUAAUUAGUUCCAUUUAAAUCGAAAAACGUAAGAAUGGUGAUGAAACUGUACGCGGUUUCCGACGGGCCGCCGUCGCUGGCGGUACGGCAGGCCCUGGCACAUCUGCAGCUGCCGUUCGAACUGGUCAGCGUCGACUACGGAGCGGGCGAACACAUGACGACGGAGUACGCACUGAUGAACCCUCAAAAGGAGAUCCCAGUACUGGAUGACGACGGCUUCUUCUUGAGCGAGAGUAACGCCAUUCUGCAGUACAUCUGCGACAAAUACAAGCCUGACUCACAUCUCUACCCACAGGAGCCCAAAGCAAGAGCCAUUGUGAACCAUCGCUUGUGCUUCAACCUAUCAACAUACUAUGCCAACAUCUCUGCAUACACGAUGGCGCCCAUAUUCUACGACUACGACCGCACGCCCCUAGGGCUGAAGAAAGUGCACAUGGCCUUAGAGGUGUUUGAGACGUACCUCCAAAGACAGGGCACCCAGUACGCUGCUGCCGACCACCUCACCAUCGCUGACUUCCAGCUCAUCAACACCAACAUGACCCUGGAGGCUAUCGGAUUCGACUUUAGUCAAUAUAAAAGGAUACACAAAUGGUACAACGAUUUCAAAAAGGAUUAUCCAGAUCUAUGGAAAAUAUCUGCUGAUGCUAUGAAGGAAAUCCAGCAUUUCGCUGAAAACCCACCCGACCUGACGCAUCUUAACCAUCCCAUACAUCCAGCUAGAAAGGCAAAUAAAUAGGCACAUCCUUGUGUUAGGACAAUAACAAUACACUGAAAAAUGUUGCUUCAUAGAGUGAUGAAAAUAAUUAAUAACAUACAACUAAGCAUAGUUAAUAAUAAAGAGUUAAGUUGAAACGAUUUUGUAUUUUAUAAUAGGUAUUUUUAUCCAGUUCCUGAUACGCAUCUCCUCUUGAAUGACAGGCAGAGGUUGCUGCAGCAAUCGCUGUGUACUUACGUAUUCCGCUACAGCCGCACACUUUUUUUCUUCUUUCUCAUUGGUCGCCUUUGGUGGUACUUCAACUGGGACAUCUUCUACUUUAUCUUUCGAUUCCUCAUCCUGAGCCUGAGCGAUUUCACUUGUUGUCGUAUCCCCAACUUUCACGUCCCUCGUUGUAAUAACAGACGGAUUGACGUAUUCUAUGGCAAGUACUAAACAAAGAGACAGCACAACAACGCUAAUACGAGACAUGUUGAAUAGUCAACGCGAAUGUUACACUGGCAAGUUGUAUGAAGAAGCAUCUGCUAUUUGUAUUGCAAUGUGUGACACA